AUGCCCCCAUCAGCAAGCUCACAAGAUGUUGAUCCAGUCAAGGAGGAGCUCAAAGAGGAAAUUGUUGAACCGAGCUCCUCACAAGAUAAACCAGAAGUAGAAGAAAAAACAGAGAUAAGACCUGAUGAGAAAAGUGGACGGAAGCGAAAGCGCUCUUCUUCAUCGUCAUCUUCCUGCUCCAGUUCAUCGUCUGGACGUCAUUCUGAUGAUGAGAGCACACAAACAAAACCAACGGCUAAGAAGAAAUCUCAUGGUGAGAGACCGUGCGUCGAGUGUGGGCGAUGGCUUGAUGACUGCGCUCCUGAAUGGAAGGAAAUUUUGGGGCCUUCAUCUGUUUGGUGCUCACGAGAGUGCAUUGAAAGGAGAGUGGCAAGAGCGCACGAGGUUCUUCGCGAAGACUAUGGAGCUUUGACACUGUUGCGAGGAGACGGGCAACUUCUCACUACAGGCCCUACCUUAGUGAAUCUAGCUGAGUUCAUCUUCAAAUAUCCAGAAUAUGAGCCCGUACUACCAGUUGCGAGGAAGAAAACGCAUGCGAAAAGUGAAGAUACGUCGCAUGAGCAGAAAAAAUCUGCUAGCAAGGUACUUUCGAAAGACUCGGACCGGACUCGAUUUAAUGUGAAAAGAGCCUUUUCGGAUGCGUUGGUGAAAAGAGCAAAAAUGGACAAGAUCAAAUCUGCUGUAAAACUAUGUAAGGACACUGCCGAAGCUGUGGAAGCAGCUCUUUUCAAGCAUUGCAAUUCGAAUCCGAACUCACCGAAGUAUAAGAAUUGGACGAAAAUGUUUAUUGAAAAUGUAACGGAUCAUCGCAACAAAGGUUUCUAUCACCGAGUUUUAACGGGUGCGAUUUCGGUGUACAAAGUAGUGACUUUGGAAGGAGCGGACAUGGGAAAACCGGAAUAUGCAGCGCCCAUUAAUGAGGAUGGAUCGGGUGUGGAAGAAGCAAAUAUUCUUUCUGAGGAAGUAUCUGCUACUACUUCUGCAGCAAAUGAGAACGUUAAACCUGAAGCAGAAGAACCUGUUGCUGUGGAACGCGUCGCCGAAGUUGCAAAGGGCACUGGAUCAGGAGCUGCUAUGUCCGAAACUGAUGUGUCGAAAAGUUCUUUGAAAAGAGAUCCAUCUUUUUCGCGCUCUAAUUCCGAAGGAGUCAAGCCGAGGCGGACAUCUUCGAAACGGUCUGAUGCUCGUAAGGUCGUGACGACUAUAGAUGCCAUUCUUGGAGACGGAGCUAAGGACACAACUGAACAACAUCUGAGUCACUUCUACGAUGUCAACUGUAGCAUAUGCCUAGCGAAGCAGAAACAACAAGCAGAAGCUGAAAGGAAGGAACGAGAGGAGAAAGAAAAGCAACGGGAAGAGGAAAGAAGAUUUAGAGAGGUUUGUCUUGUAUCAGAUCGUAUUCUUCAUCACUUCAAUUACUGAGA